AAAGCUUAAGACAAGCAAUUUCCAGUGCGUUUCCACCAACUCAUCCCCUCUCUCAAUCGUGGUCUGCUCCUCCUUCUUCACUUCCCGACCACCACCAAACUUUCUUUGUCUUUGUUCGCACGUCUUAGAAGCUACACCAUGUUUCUUCGUUCAUUUGGAAGGCAGCUGCUCCGUGCUCCCUCCUCCUCCUCGUCCUUCCUCUCAGCAAACGUGUCCCGCGCUGCAGCACGUUCGGUCUCGCAAGCAGCUGUUUACCGCAACUCGUUGUUCUGCGGAAGCCGGGCUCUCGCACGUCAUCACCACCACCAUGCUGGAUGUGGUUGUUCCGGCAGUGCGUCUCGCUUAACGACGAAGCGGGGUUCUACGGCUGCAGGGACCGUCGCUAGUGAGAUUUCGGCUGCUGCUGCUGCUGCCGGCGCCGCUGCGGGCAUUCCCCGUAUGCAGAUGGGAGCAGUGAUUACCAAGCACGGCUCGCCCGAGGAAGUCGAGUUCAAGCAGAUUCCCGUGCCCGAGCCCGGCCCUGGCGAGGUUCUGGUCAACAUCAAGUUCACCGGUGUUUGUCACACUGAUCUGCACGCCCUUCACGGUGAUUGGCCGCUUCCCGCAAAAAUGCCGCUUGUUGGUGGCCACGAGGGUGCCGGCUAUGUGGUUAAGGUUGGCGACGGCGUCACUGACGUCAAGCUCGGCGACCGUGUCGGCAUCAAGUGGAUGAACGGCUCGUGCGGCAAGUGCGAGUACUGCUUAUCCGCACGUGAAAGCUUGUGUCCCCACAUCCUGCUCUCGGGCUAUUCCGUCGACGGCACUUUCCAGCACUACGCCAUCGGUAAGGCUGAUCAUGUGACUCCUAUUCCCGAUAACGUUUCGCUUGAGGUCGCUGCCCCCAUUAUGUGUGCCGGUAUCACUGUUUACCGUGCCCUGAAGGAGGCCGCCGUGCAGCCCAACCAGUGGGUCGUUUUGCCCGGUGCCGGCGGUGGAUUGGGCCAUUUGGCUAUCCAGUAUGCUCGUGCCAUGUCUAUGCGUGUUGUCGCCAUUGAUUCCGGUGCCGACAAGGAGAAACUGUGCCGCGAUUGUGGUGCCGAUGUCUUUAUCGAUUUCCGCAAGGAAGCCGAUGUUGUCGCCAAGGUGAAGGAGGUUACCGGAGGUGGUGCCCACGGAACAUUGGUUCUUUCCACGUCUUCCAAGUCCUAUCAACAAGCCACCGAGUUUUCUCGUCCCGGAUCCACUCUCGUUACCGUGUCUAUGCCUCCCGAUGCCCAGCUGAACGCCGACAUUUUCUGGUUGACGGUCAAGAUGCUUAAGAUUUGCGGCUCUCACGUCGGCAACCGUCUUGACUCCAUUGAGGCCCUCCAAUACGUCUCCAGCGGUGCCGUCAAGCCCGUGUACAAGGUGCAGCCCUUCUCUACCCUUCCUCAGGUCUACUCGGCUAUGGAGGCCGGCAACAUCGCCGGUCGUAUCGUCCUCGAUCUUAGCUUGUAGUCAGUUUCAUUGUACGCGCACGCUCUUUCCUCCUCUGCCCCCUUGCAGAUGAUUUUUGCUACUUUUUAAUGUCUCUACGACGCCUCUUACAGGCUCCUUCCACACAGGUGCACCAGCUGUUUUUGUAUACAAUUUAAAGUUUUUAUUACCUUUA